GACCGGGACCGCCACUUUUAAUGUCCGGAAACUACUAGAUACUGAUUACUUACACAUCCAUUAUCAAGCUCCAGUUCUUUUGCAACCAAGCACGAAUACAAAGACAAUUAAAAGCCCUCUUCUUUUCCUGGCAAUUGUCUCUUCUCCAUCAAGCUUUCAACUCACCUCUCUAUUCACAAGAAGAAACACAUCCCUCCUUGCAUAAUACAUCCAAUCAAGAAGUCGAAGUGUAGACUAAACGACAUACAAGAACUUCUCCCUUCACCGAAACUCACACAUCUACAUUUAUUCUACUACAACCACAACUGCAACCACAACAACGCAAUUCAUUCACACAUCGUAACCAUGUCAUCUCCAACUUCCCCAACCGGAAGCACUCUUUCUUCGCGCAGAGGGUCCCAUAAAUCGCUUUCCCUCGAUCUCUCCAAUCUCCCUCCUCUCUCCCAACCCACACCUCCUUCCAACACCCUCCUCAUAACGAAUCUAAAAGACAGCGAGAUCUUCCGCGCAGACAAUCUUCAAUCCAUCAAAGAACUCAUCAACACAUCCGCCCCCAUUCAUUCCUGGGCCCCUCUGAAAUCUUUCUCCCGCAUAAUCGUUUCCUUCUUCUCUGAAGAAUCCGCCAUCCGCAUCCGUCAAAUCCUCGACGGCGAAGAAAUCAUGGGCGAGCGAAUGCGCGUCUACUUCGGCCAGCCUACCUCCAUCUCCCCCAAAGACACCCAUCUCAACUUACCCGACGCGGGAAAACUAUUUUUCAUUUCCCCCCCUCCCUCUCCUCCCCACGGCUGGGAAAUGAAAAUGGAAGAUGCGCCCAACAAGCAAGUGCACGCAGAAGAUCUCGCAGAAGCACUCGCGAAAUUGCAUCACCGACCCACCACCGAUUUGCCAGCGAGCCCCAUGAGCGAUAAUGGCGAGUCGUUGAAAAACGGAAGAGGAAGAAGUGCGAGCACGACGACCAUCUACGAUCCCCAGGCUCACGGACACAGUCCUAAUUUGCCUGCCAUAGCGGUUGAGGAUACCACGGGCGAGGAUUGGGGCGUGUCUCCGCUGGAGAUGGAGAAGCCGAUUUUGGCGCAUACCGCGAGGCCGCCGGUCGAGUUGAUGGAGUUUUAGAUGCGGGUGCGUGUGCGGAGAGAGAUGUGUAUAUGAUAUGAUGGCAGUCUGAUGUGGAGACAUUCGGAGAGGCAAUCUUUUUUUUUUGGUCGGCUUUGGGGCAUUUCAUUGGCGUUCGCUUAGGGUUGAAGCAAAAAGAUUAUUCUCAUUGCGUUUGGUUGUUGGUUUUCUUAGGUGCAUUGCGAGGAGUUGAGAAGCCGGGUGUGGCGUUACAUGAGAUAGUAAAUGCUACGGCAUAUGGCGCGUUUGUAUGAUACAUGAGAGGAGCGAGAAUAGUCCAGGAUCUAGAGAAGAUCCAUGAUGAUAGUCAUGGGAAAUACAAAAAUAUUCUUCCAAUAAUAAUUCA